CCCGGGCUCACAGGAGCCCAGGCAUGGCUGCCUCCUACUGGAUGCUGACAGCUUUCUUUUACUUCAUCGGCUCUUCCAAUGUUGAUGUGAAAAAUGCAAUGACCUUCAGUGGGCCUCUGGAAGACAUGUUCGGGUACACAGUUCAACAGUAUGAAAAUGAGGAAGGAAAAUGGGUACUUAUUGGUUCACCGUUAGUUGGCCAACCUGAGAAAAGAACAGGAGAUGUAUACAAAUGCCCUGUAGGAAAGGACAACCAAUCACCCUGCAUAAAACUGAACUUACCAGCUGCUACUUCAGUUCCUGACGUGAUGGAAGUAAAAGAAAACAUGACUCUUGGAACAGCCUUAGUGACUAACCCAAAAGGAGGCUUUCUGGCAUGUGGACCACUUUAUGCUUAUAAAUGUGGGCGUUUGCGUUACACAACUGGAGUUUGCUCUAAUGUCAGCUCCACUUUUGAAACUGUCGAGGCAAUUGCUCCAUCUGUGCAAGAGUGUAAAACCCAGUUGGACAUCGCCAUAGUCCUUGAUGGGUCCAACAGCAUUUAUCCAUGGGAGAGUGUCACAGCCUUCCUAAACAGCCUCCUGAAAAACAUGGAUAUAGGUCCUCAGCAAACACAGGUUGGAAUUGUUCAGUAUGGACAGACUGUAGUCCAUGAAUUUUUCCUAAAUACAUACUCAACAACAGAAGAUGUGAUGGCUGCAGCUAUGAGAAUACACCAGCGGGGUGGCACACAAACUAUGACAGCCCUUGGAAUAGAUACGGCAAGGAAAGAGGCUUUUAUUGAGGCUCAUGGUGCGCGACGAGGAGUACAAAAAGUAAUGGUUAUUGUGACUGAUGGGGAAUCACAUGACAACUACAGAUUAAAAGAAGCAAUUGAUAAUUGUGAAGAUGAAAACAUUCAGAGAUUUGCUAUUGCUAUUCUUGGCAGCUACAGCAGAGGAAAUUUAAAUACUGAAAAAUUUGUAGAGGAAAUAAAAUCAGUUGCCAGUAAGCCUACUGAAAAGCAUUUCUUCAAUGUCUCAGAUGAAUUAGCUCUUGUAACUAUUGUUGAAGCACUUGGAGAGAGAAUAUUUGCCCUGGAAGCAACAACAGACCAGCAGGCAGCCUCAUUUGAAAUGGAAAUGUCUCAAGCUGGUUUCAGUGCUCAUUAUUCUCAGGAUUGGAUCAUGCUUGGAGCAGUUGGAGCAUAUGACUGGAACGGCACAGUGCUCAUGGUGAAGGACAGUGGUAUUUCAAUGCCAACUAAUGACACUUUUCGUGACAGGCUUUCAGAAAAAAAUGAACCCCUUGCAGCCUAUCUAGGAUAUACUGUGAAUUCAGCAUUGACACCUGGAGGCAUACUGUACAUAGCAGGACAGCCACGAUACAAUCACAUUGGCCAAGUUAUCAUUUAUAAAAUGGAAGGAAAAGAGGUACAAGUACUUCAGAGGUUAAAUGGAGAACAAAUUGGGUCAUACUUUGGGGGUGUUAUUACCACAGUCGACAUCAAUGGGGACUCAUUUACAGACCUUCUUAUUGUUGGAGCUCCUAUGUAUAUGGGAACUGAAAAAGAGGAGCAAGGGAAAGUAUAUGUUUAUGGUCUGAAUAAGACAAAGUUUGAAUAUCAGAUGAGUCUUGAACCUAUAAAGCAAACAUGCUGUUCACCGUUAAAACAUGACACCUGCAAAGUUCUUAAGAAUGAGCCUUGCGGUGCACGCUUUGGGACUGCGAUUGCUGCAGUGAAGGAUCUCAAUCUUGAUGGAUAUAAUGACAUUGUAAUAGGAUCUCCCUUAGAGGAUGAUCAUCGGGGAGCUGUUUAUAUUUAUCAUGGCCGUGGCAACACAAUCAGUAAAAAAUACACACAGCGUAUUGCAUCAGGUGGAGAUGGGGAAAAAGUGAAAUUUUUUGGCCAGUCUGUGCAUGGAGAAAUGGAUUUAAACGAUGACGGGCUGAUUGAUGUUACCAUUGGAGGCCUUGGUGGGGCUGCCCUCUUCUGGUCUCGUGAUGUGGCUGAAGUAAAUGUUUCCAUGCAAUUUACACCCAAAAGCAUCAAUAUCCAACAACAAAAUUGUCAGAUAAAUAAAAGAAAAACAAUAUGCAUAAAUGCCACAAUUUGUUUUAAGAUCAGACUAAAAUCGAAGGAAGAUACAUUUGAAUCUGGUCUGCAGUAUUGGAUUACUCUUGACUCACAAAGACAAAUAUCUCGAAGCUUGUUCACAGAAAGCCAUGAGAGGAAAAUGCAAAAAAAUAUAACUAUCAAAGGAUCAGAAUGUAUUAAACAUAACUUCUACAUGUUGGAUAAGCCUGACUUUCAGGACUCUCUAAAGGUUUUGCUGGAGUUCAAUUUUUCUGAUCCAGAGAGUGGACCUGUUCUUGAUAGCAACCUGCCAAAUUCAGUAUCUGAAUAUAUUCCUUUCACAAAAGAUUGUGGAGCCAAAAAUAAAUGCAUUUCAGAUCUUGUUUUGAAUGUAAAAGCAAGCAUAGCUGGAGACAGCUCUUCUCCAUUCGUUGUAAAGUCACGCAAUGAUAAGUUCACCAUCCAGCUCUCUGUCAAGAACAAAAAAGACAGUGCCUAUAAUACCAGAGUUUUUGUUCAGUAUUCUCCAAAUAUUAUUUUUGCUGGCAUUGAGGAUAUACAGAAAGAUAGUUGUGAAUCUAAUCACAACAUCACCUGUAAAGUGGGAUAUCCAUUUCUAAAACCUGCAGAAGAGAUUUCCUUCAAAAUAUCAUUCCAAUUCAAUGCAUCGUAUCUCCUGGAAAAUGCUACUAUUCAUGUAUAUGCAACAAGUGACAGUGAAGAAUCAACCGAGACCUUGAGUGACAACAGAGGACAUGUUACAAUUCCAGUAAAAUAUGAAUUAGGAUUAAUAUUUUUAAGUGUUUUCAAAGAGCACCAUGUUAUAAUUGCAGCAAAUGAUACCAUCCCUACUGUUAUUAACACAACAGAGCAGAUUGGGGAUGAAGUUACUCUGCAUUAUAGGAUUGAAAACGGUGAAUACUUUCCAAUGCCAAACCUCACACUGCAGAUCUUAUUUCCCAAUGUAACAGCAGCCAAGAAUACUCUUCUCUACCUUACUGCAUUGUCACAUUCCCAAAAUGCCAUCUGCCAAACUAGUUACCCUGUAGAUCCCUUAAAGAUCAGCACUGGGAAACCAUUUGUGUUGCCAAAAAUAAAAGAACCUACAAAGGAUACAAUUAUGGACUGUGAUACAUAUAGCUGUGCAUCUAUUAAUUGUGCCCUGGUCCCAUCUGACAUAUCUCAAGUGAAUGUUUCAUUAAGAGUAUGGAAACCUAUCAUCAUAAAAGCAAAUAUUCACAGCUUAACCCUUGUUGUGAAAGCAUUACUUAGGAGUGAAAACUCAUCACUGAUUUUAAGAAAUGACCAUCAAAAACUGGAGACCAUGAUUAAGAUUUCCAAAGAACUCCCACCAGGUACAGUCCCCUUAUGGGUUAUCCUCCUGAGUAUCUUCACUGGACUCUUGAUUCUUGCACUGCUUAUAUUUGCUUUGUGGAAGGCUGGAUUUUUCAAGAGACCACUAAAGAAGAAAAUGGAGAAAUGAAGAAAAAAGCCAAUGCAG